AUGUCUAUACCUGAAAGUUGUCCAUACUAUGGAGAAGAAGAAACAAAAAAUGUUAUACAAUUUGAUACUUCCGAUGAAUGUACUUAUGUAUGGAACUACAACCAUAUUUUAUUUGAAAAAUAUGUAAAACUUGAAUGUGAUUCUGGUGUUAAAUCAUUAUUUUAUAAAGAAAUUGUAUAUAUUAUAUUUGAAAAAUUGACUAAUAUAAGAAGAAUAUCAAUGACUUCUAAUAUACUUUAUAUACUUGGUACAUAUUAUAUUGAAACUUUAAAAAGUUUAGAAAUAAAUGAAAAAAAUAUUAUUAUUGAAAUUUAUGGUGGUAAAAAAGAUUGUGGAAUAACAACAAAAAAAUUAAAAAAUUUAGAUGAGUGGUUAACAUCUAGUCAUUAUGUUGAAUUAUAUCCAAAUGUAUGUUGGAAUUAUAAUCAUUUAAGUUUUGGCUGCCCCGUAUACAAUAUUUCAAAUUAUAAAUAUUUUAAAAAAAUUCGAAAUAUUUCUACGUUUUACAUUGAAAUGUUUUUUACUGAUCAAAUAGAAAUAGAAGAAGUUUACACAUAUUGUGAUCGUAGAGCUUGGUUUGCAGAGUAUAAUCCAAUCUACUCUUGGAAAUGUUUUAAAAACACAUCACGUCUUGUAUUUGGUUGCAACAACAAAUUUCAUAAAGGAUGUGGUUUAGGCAUAUUAUCAUGGUUUCCAUUAGCAGAGAAUGACUAUCGAAAUUAUAAUCUUAAAGAGCUUAUAUAUCCUAUGACUAAUUCUGAUUAUUUCAACCUUAAAACUAAACCAAUUGAUAUGAUUUCUAAAAUAUUUCCAAAUAUUACACUUCUUACUUUACCUGCCUCUAGUAUAUCACAAAAUCUUAAAAGCAUAUUUAUUAGAUUUCGCAUGUUAAAGGACAUAAUACUUUGGAAUGUUUCCAUUAAACAAAUUAAUGAAUUCAUUGAAUUUGCUACUAGUUAUUCUAUGGACAAUUAUUUUAUUCGAACAUUAUAUUUCAACUGUCCAAAUGCUGAAUAUAGUCUUAAUGUUAAAAAAGCUAUAGAAAUUAAAAAAAGAUUUAAAUAUUUUGAAGUUGAUUCUAAACCUGUCAAAAUUAUUGAUGGUAAAUUUGAUAUUAAUUGUGUAAUGGACUUUAUGCUUGAAAGGACAUAUAAUCCUUAUGAGGAUAAAAAGAUUUUUUCAAGUAUUUAUAUGUCUAGUUCAUUAUAUGUAUUACAAAGAAGUGAAGAAAUGUUUCAUCAUUAUUAA